GGAAGUGUCCGCGCAAUCGCGCUGGGGUUCUUUCGGCCGGCGCCCCGCCCCCUUCUCUGACUGGCUGCCCCACAUCAACACCGCCCUGUUCGAGGCUGACCGACCCUGGAGUCGAAGUGGUCGGAGGCCUUAAUGGCUGUGGAAUGCCGGAAAGUAUGUUAUGUAUAAAGGCAGAUACUUUUCAUAAUAAAUGAAAAUGGCUAAUUCUUUAAGAGGAGAAGUACUGAACCUUUAUAAAAAUCUGCUGUAUCUUGGACGAGACUAUCCAAAAGGAGCAGACUAUUUUAAAAGGCGUCUGAAGAAUGUUUUCCUUAAAAACAAAGAUGUGAAGGACCCAGAGAAGAUCAAAGAACUUAUUGGACGGGGCGAAUUUGUAAUGAAAGAGCUAGAAGCCUUAUACUUCCUUAGGAAAUACAGAGCGAUGAAACAACGCUAUUAUUCAGAUAUCAACAAAACUAACUGAUCACGAUUACUAUAAUUUGACUGAAAUUCAGUGUCAGCUAUCUAUGUAUACCAGAUAUGAUAAAAAAUAAUUGUGUCUUAAAAUGGCAAGAUAUACAGGUUUUGUAAAAAAAAAAUACCUGUGCUGCCUUAUUGAACUAAAAUAGGUUUCAAUUUCUAUUCACAGAGCUUCAUCAAUAACACUUUAUGCUUAAUUUUACACAAAAUUAGCAACAUAGCCAACUACCAAUUAAAAUUUAAUAAAUACCCAAUUUUGAAUGAAAACAUAGUACACUUGAAAUAAUUUUACCUUAGUAAGUUUUUGCCAAUUAUUCUUAGCCUCUUUCUCCAUUUUACUGACAAGAAAAUGCCACUUAAUGCACAUUUAAGCAAAAUAAUUUCUUAUACAUUAAUUCCCUUAACUUUUGAAGGAAUACCAGCUUAUUUUUGGCCCUAUUUGGCACUUGACAGCACACAUUCAAGGUUCGAUACAGAACAAUAGCACCUGGCAAUGAUUUAAGUGUAGUUAUAGAAAUAAUAUGUAUGGAGUAAGAUUAUUUCUGAUCUUGAAGUAGGCUGCCAGUGAUUGGCACUACAUACAUACCUAUUUAAUAUCUUCCAUUAUUAAUUUUGCUGCUGGUUCUCUUUGGGUCUUAAAACAAGUCACCUGUUGUGUAUCAAGUACCUUUACUGAUAAAAAGUAAUAAAUAAUGUUAUUCUAUUGUUUCAUCAUAAA